AUGUCGUUUGAUAUGGACGCAAACCACCAGACUACGGAUCCUACAUCGGACUUUUUGCAGCGGGAGAAGGAAGCAGCAGGCACUCUGCUGGGCGGUGAUGAAGCCCUGUUUGGGACAGAUGCUGCUGCCGCACAAGCAUCAGGUGUGCAAGGUACCGACGACUUUGAGCGACGUGCGCAAGAGUUUCCAGCGAUAGAUGACGACGCUCCAUUCACAGAUGUCAUGUCCAACAGGGAGAGCGCAUCAGUCGCGCCACGGAGAGAGAAGCAGCCUGCAUCGGAAGAGGACAGGUUCCGUGCAUCAUACCCGGAGCUCGAUGUGGGUCACGACGAUUUCCAUGACGACGCACAACAAGCAUGGGAAUCAUCAGCACCACGGCGCAUGGAGAGUGAUUUCAUGGAAGGACUUGGAUCAGCCACAGAGCCAGCGCGCGAGCCAGCGUCGGAAGCCGUGCCAGAGCGUGAGUCGGAGCUUGAGCAAGACAUGCAAACGCCGACGCACCAAGAAGCUAAAUCGCUCUUCGAGCCAGAGCGCGCGUCUGGCCCAACGCCUUUUGCCUACGAAGACAUUGACGAGGAGACUGAGGCUCUGCGCACUUGGCGCGAGCAGCAAGCCGAUGAUAUCGCACGUCGUGAGGCACAGGCGGAGCGGCACCGAGCUGAGGCCGUAUCGAAGGCCGAGCAGGACAUUGACCAAUUCUAUGCGAACUACAAUGCGCAGAAAGAAAAGAAUAUCAAGAAGAACAAGGAGGCAGAGGCACGCUUCCUCGAGCAAAAGCAGAUGGAGCUUGCAGAGGGCACGACGUGGACGCGGAUCACCAAGCUGCUGGACUUGCACAACAGCCAGUCAAAAACGAUCGCAAAGGGCGGGCCUGGCUCGAGUGACCUAACGCGCAUGAAGGAACUGUACUUGCGCUUGCGCCGUGAAGGCGAUAAGGCGCCAGGUGCCGCUGGAUACUAG